CCAGUCUCCAGACAUGCUCAGUGUAGUCCUGUCCCCGGCUGUGGGGCAGAGGAGCACUAGGAAAGCCGGGGGGCUGUAGCAGACAGAAGCAGCAUGCUGUCUCUCUAACGAGCUGCUCCCGGGGGGUUGCGUGGCCGGCGGCAGGCGCUUCCACGUGAGCAUGUUCCUGGCCCAUGACCCAGCCUCGGGCGUGCACCUCGGGGUGGAAGGUGGGAUACUCUGCCAGCUCCUCCGAUCUCCAGAUUACAACCUUUUCCCCAAGUCGGCAGUGUUUGAAAGUAAUUUCAUCCAGGUGACGAAGCAGGGGAACUGGGUGGAUAUCCACAACGCUCCCACACUGGUGACCCUGGGGGUGACGUCCUCGGACCCCUGCCUGCCCCUCCCCAAUGUGCUUCUGAUCGCCAGGCUCGCCGUGCUGGGAGAAACCCCCCCUGGGAGGGCAGGCCAGCCCCAGGAGCCCUCCAUGUCCCUAAGCAGGCUCCUCCCAUUGAGGUACGUCAGACUGUCGGUCCAGGACAGCGGCCGGCGCCUGCUGCGGGUGCAGGUGGUGACGGGGAAGGUUUAUUACCUGCGGCUGCACCAGGCGCACCCUGACGCCGUUUUCACGCUCUGGAGCCGGCUGGCAGACAUCCUGCAGCGGGGGCUCUCCAUCACCACCAAGGACCCCUCCAUCCACGUCCCACACAGCCUGGUGCUGAGUGUGGGCAGCUCCUCGACCAGCUCCCCCGCACAGCUGGUGCCUGAUUUCCCGCUGCCCUCGGGAGCCAGUCGCAGCGUGGUGGCGAGGAUGGGCAAGCAUUUGUCGGGAACACUCUCCCAUCUCUCAGGAGCAGCCUUGGGGAAAACGGAGAAAGACAGUUCGGUCCAGAGAAGACUCUUCUCCUGGAAUCUUACGGCUCGGAGCAAAUCUCCUGCCAGGGAAGAGGAUUCGGGUGCCCCAAGCUGGUCAGGAGGGAAGCUGGCGGUGUGUGAGCGGUGCCGGGGGCGCAGGCCAAGCGACACAGGAGAGAAACCCAGCCUGAGGACAGCCCUGCGGUGGCUAGACACUAGGUGCCAUGGACUCUGGGAACGAGACACACCUGCUGGGCUGCUGCCACUGUCCCGGCUCAGCAGCCUGGCAGCUGCAGGUCAGCAGUAGGGCCAGCGUCCCAAGAGAAAGUGCCUCCUGCACUGGGCUCCGGGGCAGGCGGGAGCACUGAGGGCGCAGAGGAUGUGCCGGCUGCCGGGGCUGGUAGGGCCUGACUGGGAAGUCCCAAAUGUAAUAAAUACGUUGUGGCAGUGGAAGUGAGUUCACGCUGGCAGCUUCUGGGUGUUCUUUAGUGCCCUGUACCCCUGGGAACACAGCCCCCAACUCUGGGUUCUGGCUCAGAGCGGCCAGGGGAAACACCCAGGAGACACCUGCCGAGGAGCAGGGGAAAGCACCGUUAGAGGCCCAAAGCCCCCUGGCUCACGCCACUGCCAGGCUGCGGGGACAGGCCCCCUCCCUGGUCCUCUGCCCUUCUCAGUGGGAUCAUCCCACGGUGGGACGGCUCUCACCCGCACGAGUGUUAGGGUACAGAGGUGGGUUGGGGGGAGCUGUGUGAAAGAGGCGCCUGGAAUCCAGGUGUCACGGACUCACAGGUCGUGCCCAUUCUGGGCCCCGUAUGGUCUCUGGGGGGCACCCCCUUCAGUGUGACAGCCCUCUCUCUGUAGGGGGUUACCUGGAACCACACCUCUGUGAGCCUUAGCACGCCUGUCUCUCGCCGUGGGCCCCCUCAGGGAGUCCCCUGGCUCUGGACCCCCGGGGCCUCCACUCCCAGAGGGAAUAAUGCAACUCUGAUCUUUAGACUGGAGUGACUCUCGAGCAGUGUAAAACAGGAAGGUUUAUUGAGCAUCUGAACCCAGUACAGGAAACUCUCAGGGCCUCAGGCCUGGCCUCCCUCAGCACGGUACAUCUAAGUCUCCCUUGUAUCCAGGUGGGCUCUGCCUGCUUCCUCUCUUGAGUCCUGAGCCCCCCCUGCUUCCCAGCUGGGCAUCUGAUGUCACCUGGCCCCCAAGCCCCACCUCUGUCCUUUGUCCAGGUAAACAGGGUCCAGGUAAAUAGGGUUGCCUGGGCCUCCUCUCCUCUCAGCCUCUCCUCUCUUCCGUCCUUUGUUCCCCACUGGCUGGAACUGGCUGGUCAGGUCACCGGGGUCCUCUCCCCACAGCCCUUUGUCCUCCCACUGGCCAGAACCGGCUGACGGCCAAGCUGGGCCUCCAGGUCGCCAGUCGCUUGGGUCUCCAUUUUCCACGCCAGUGGUUGGGGUCCCAAGUUCCCUUGCUGGUCCUCUGUAAAAACAAACUCCCUCUCCCAUCACCUCAUUAAAUCAGGAACACCCAGGGAAACUGAGUCCUACCCCCUCUGCAUGCAAACCAUUGGAAAAAACAAGAAAAUCCCUCACUUCAUCACAUCUCUCCCCCCUUCGAGUGUGACUCAGCCAGUGACCUGGGGAAGUUCAGGGCCCCCGCUCCACGAUAAAGCAUCGGCUAGAACAUUGACACUCUGCCCCCAUGGACCACCUCCGUGUCAUACCCCUGGAGGAGCAGGCCCCACCUCAGGAGCUUGGCAUUAGCCCCUUUCAGCUGGUGCAGUCACAUGAGGGGCGAACGGUCAGUGAAGCGCCACCCAAAUAGAUACGGCUGCAGCUUUUUAAGGGCCCACCAUGGCCAGGCUCUCCUUCUCGAUGGCCGCGUAGUGCUGCUCCUGGGGCAGCAGCUUCUUGCGCAGGUACACAAUGGGGUGUCACCCCAUAAUAUCAGUUUGCAUGAGCACCGCACCCAGCCCGGCGUCCGAGGCGUUGGUGAACACCAGGAAGGGCUUGUUAACUGCACCGGGCUUUGGAUAAGUUUCUCCUUCAGCGCACAGAGAGCUCUCUGGCACGGCUCGGUCCUGCCUGCCUUGCCCUUCCUACAAAGAAUGGUCAGUGGAGCUGCCAGGGAGCUAAAGCGGGGCACAAACCUCCGGUAGUACCCCGCCAUCCCAAUGAAAGCCUGGACCUGCUUCUUUGUCUGGGGAGAGGGCCAGUCCUUGAUUGCCUCCACUUUGGCCGGCUCCGGCUUUAGGUGGCUGCUCCCCACCUUGUGGCUGAGGUACGACACCUCUGCCAUCCCCACCUUGCACUUUCCACCUUUACAGUCAGUCCUGCAUCUCGGAGGCGACCCAGCCCCCUCUUCACCUGGGACACGUGGUCCUCCCAGGUCUGGCUAAAGACAUAGAUAUCAUCAAUGACGCCAGAGCAAGCCCUCCACCCCCCUAAGUAACUGACCCACCAGGCGCUGGAAGGUGGCAGGUGCCCCCUUGAGGCCGAAAGGCAGGACCAGGAACUCGACGAGCCCUACUGGGGGCGUGAAGGCAGACUUCGCCCGGGCCUCCGGGUCCAAGGGCACCUGCCAGUAGCCUUCGGUGAGAUCCAUGGUAGUGAGGUACCGGGCUUGUCUGGGAUCUCUUCCUGUCCGAUCUGCCAAACUCACCUUUCAUCUGCACCCCCUCAUGGUUGCUUGACACCUGCACCCAUCCUGUCCCUCAGGCCCCUCUGACUUCCCUCCCCUGCCCUGCACAUCCAGACUGUGUCCAAAGCGUGAUGCCGCGUCUUUCCCUCGCUUGCCCCGCUCCCUCCUCAUCCUCUGCCUUUACUGCUUCAGCUUCUUCCUCUCUGGCUGCCCUGGCACCCAGCUGACCGCUCCAGUUCUCCCAGAGCGCAGCUGCUCAGAUCCUCAGCCUCACCCAAGGGCCUGACUGCAUCCACUGGCUCCUGUUUCCCACCACAAACAAUAGUUUGAAUAGUUCAGAACCAGCCCAUUCCACACAGCGCAGUUCAUGUCACGUUAUCAGGGUCCCCCCCGGUUUGUCACACUCGCUCCUCGUAUCUAGUGUGGAAGGAGAUUUGGGCUCGUCCACACUCCGCACAUCGACCGGGGCUCAGCACGGCUGGUGGAGGGGGUGUCAUGUCGGCGUAAUGGGGCACUGGCGCUGGUGGGAGAUCAAUGUAAGUGUAGACACUAGGCUGAUACAAGGCAGUUUCCAUCAGUAUCACUUUGUAGUGCAGACCAGGCCGCGAAAGCUAAUGUGGAUGAAGACAGGGUGUGGAUUUAAGGCAUAGUAGAUAUUCCUGCACAGGCGCACCUGUCCGAGGUGACUCUGAAUCCUCUCACAGGUACCCUGGUUCACCAGACCUCUCUAUACUGCAUGCAGGUCCUGGGGUGCCGUGGGGGCUGCCUCUGGGACUGGACUGCGCUGUCUGGGUCAGAGACUGCUGCAGUGUGGGCCAGAACAGGCUCUGAUGUUAGCGCUGAGCCCGAGCUCGUGGAUGCCCUCUCCACAGCCAGGUGUUGGGAGGGGAAGCUGGAGCUGGUCGGCUGUGCAGCGGAUAUGCGCUUCUCCUACACACAACACAGGAAGGAAUGCGUUACCCUGGCUAUGGCUCUGCUACAACAACCGUGACAGCUGGCUCAAGCUGUGUGCCCUCAGCUGGUCACGUCGCGUCACUCCUUUUGGGGGGUACAAGGUGGUUUCUUUCCAUGUGUCAUAAAGGGUAAACCCCUUUAAAAUCCCUCCUGGCCAGAGGAAAAACCCUGUCACCUGUAAAGGGUUAAGAAGCUAGGAUAACCUCGCUGGCACCUGACCAGAAUGACCAAUUAGGAGACAAGAUACUUUCAAAAGCUGGGGGGAGGGAGAAACAAAGACUCUGUGUGUGUGUGUGUGUGUUUUGCGUGUUGCUUUUGCCAGGGACAGAACAGGAAUGGAGUCUUAGAACUUAGUAAGUAAUCUAGCUAGGUAUGCGUUAGAUUCUGUUUUGUUUAAAUGGCUGAGAAAAUACGCUGUGCUGAAUGGAAUGUAUAUUUCUGUUUUUGUGUCUUUUUGUAACUUAAGGUUUUGCCUAGAGGGAUUCUCUAUGUUUUGAAUCUGAUUACCCGGUAAGGUAUUUACCAUCCUGAUUUUACAGAGGUGAUUCUUUUAUUUUUUUCUUCAAUUAAAAUUCUUCUUUCAAGAACCUGAUUGCUUUUUCAUUGUUCUUAAGAUCCAAGGGUUUGGGUCUGUGUUCACCUAGGCAAAAUGGUGAGGAUUUUUAUCAAGCCUUCCCCAGGAAAGGGAGUGUAGGGUUUGGGGAGGAUUUUUGGGGGAAAGACGUUUCCAAGCGGGCUCUUUCCCGGUUAUAUCUGUUAGAUGUUUGGUGGUGGCAGCAAUAAAGUCCAAGGGAAAAAGGAAAAUAGUUUGUACCUUGGGGAAGUGUUAACCUAAGCUGGUAAAAGUAAGCUUAUGAGGUUUUCAUGCAGGUCCCCACAUCUAUACCCUAGAGUUCAGAGUGAGGAAGGAACCUUGACAUGGUGGCAGAGCGGUGGGAUUAAGUUGAAAUCAUUUUGAGAUCAAUUUGAGAUUUUUUGAACCAGAAGCACAGAUUUUAAAAGGAAAUAUUUUUUUUCCUUUGGGCUGCUGAAAAGCAGGUUUUAAGCUGAAAGCAGUUAGAGGUUUUUUUUCUCUGCUUGGG